AUGACAGACUUACAGUACCCAGACAAGGCUGCUGAUAAGAACUACUCCAAGGAUUCACUACAGCAUGUUCAGUAUCAUCUGCUCAAGGGUUCUGUACCACCGGAUUUAUUUCAGCGGUACGUCGUCGAAAUCUGCGAUCAACUCAAAGGCGACAUUUUCCAGAAAUUUCUCGAAAGUGACAAAUUCACGCGAUUCUGUCAGUGGAAAAAUUUGGAGUUGAACAUGCAGCUGACAAUGAACGACUUUUCCGUGCAUCGUAUCAUUGGCCGAGGCGGAUUCGGCGAGGUGUACGGCUGCCGAAAAGCCGACACUGGCAAGAUGUAA